GUAAUCCGCUGCAUUAUUUUGUCAAGAUGUUACGCUCUAUAUGGAUCCUGUACCUGUUCGGAAUGUUUUUCAUUGAAGUAUCCUUCAGCGACAACCAAGUUGUGACGUACGAGGUGUACAGCCCCAAGGACAGCGCCCCAACACAUGUAGACUGCCAGGCCACCGAGAGUGCCUUCCCCUGCGAUGACGUCAAACAGCAGUGCAUUGCGCGGGAAAAAGUCUGCGACGCCGUGUGGGACUGUGAGGGCGGGAAGGAUGAGACUGUGGAGGUCUGCGGCUGCCUACCUCACGAGUUCCAGUGCAACGCCUCUGUGUGCAUCGACGCAGUACGUCGUUGUGACCGGCUAGAUGACUGUGAGGACGGCAGUGAUGAAGAUAACUGUGGUAAGUCCUUUCUUACCUCGGUUACCUGA